UAGAGUGGAAAUCGAUUAAUCAAAGCAUUGUCUACUGUCUAGUCUAGUACUAGUACAGAGAACUCCUAAUAGAAUUUAUAUCUACAGGGAAAUGAUGUAAAUACUCGGGCGAACAGCAUGUUUUGAAUGAAAAAUCCGUUGUGAAGCGUUCCCGACCUAAAGAAACAGGGAAUCAUAUGAUACAAUAAAACUGUGAGCACGAACUUCAGCAGAUGCGAUAUAAUGUGUGUCGUCGACAUAACAUAAUAUUGACGGACGGCAGGUCGCCCGCGUCCACGAGCAUGAGUUACAAAGGGAACAUGAAAAAAGAAGGCAAAACAUUGAAUCAUUUAAAAGAUAAUUAAUUUGAUACAAAAGCAAGCAGUGGCAUGUUAUUCCACCUGCAGGAGUCUAAUGCUUUGUGCUGAAAUUUUUGUGUAAUGUUUGGCCAUGAUCCAAGGUUAUGCUAAAUUUAUUCAAUUUUGUUCACCCUAAAGAAGCAGUAAUUAUUUACAUAUGCUCCUUUUAGAGCUGUUAUAUUUGUAUUGGAAGAGUUGAAAGAUUUUUUGAAUAAAUUCUUUCACCUGUAAUCAAGUGAAAUAUAUGCUGAGUUUUUUUCGUCAGCGUACAAAACAUGGGAAUGCAGGAAGUAAUGUCAUGGUAUCAAAAGAAAAUUGGAACUUACGAUAAGCAGCAAUGGGAACACACAAUAGAACAGCGGAUUAUCCAUGGGCUUACCCAUGUUCCAAAGAAGACAGCAAAACUUAAGACUGAUCUUAUAGAUGUGGAUCUUGUCAGAGGUUCUUCGUUCCCAAAAGCUAAACCAAAACAUGGUCUGAUAACAGUGACGAGGUUGGCCUGCCUCAGGUUAGUUCUGCUUCCAGCCUACAGUCACUGGUGGAUUCAGCAAACUUCACCACGUGUCUUCGUAUUGCUGACAACACUGUAUGUGUUGCAGUUAGUUUGCGGAGUUACAUAUUUUUACUACUGUUCACUCACUGAAGAUGGAACUCUUGAGAGGGUCACAGCAUCAGAAGUGAUGGUACCAGUUGCCAUGAUGAUCAUCCUGAGUGUAAUACACUCGCAGAUAGUAUCAACUCACAUUGGCCCAUGCAGGCAACCAUCAAGCCAAAGGCCACGUCGCAGCAAGCGGACACGUAGACGUCAUGCAAGCAGCUCACGAUCACGCGCUAGUCACGUAUCUGAAAAGACUGAAGACAUAGAUGACCAGACACUCAGCAGUUACCAAAAACGGCCACUAAUUAGGAGGUUUUCGUCUGAUGAUGUAAAGAGGUCUACAGUUAUGUGGGACAUUUCAUGCAAACAAAAGAAAAAACCUGAUUUGUUAGGGAAACCAAAAUCUGUUGGAGACAGUAAUAGUCCCUCUGAGAGACAGCAGCACAGAAACAGGCAAGGACACACAGACAGGGAAGCCCAGAACCAUUGCAAAGUGACACCUUUGGAUGAUGAUGGUUUUGAGAGCUUAACAGGUAAUGGCUCAAGUGAGAAUGGUGAAGAGGCUGUUGAAGAAGGUGAUGAUGUAGAAGGAAAUAAACAAAGUCCCAGUUUAAAUAAAAAAGGUGAAAAUAGUUUUGCCAGCAGCUUAAGCAACAGUGAUUCAAAGACAGAGUUGAGUCAGCAGUCUGCACUCAGCUGUGUGUCUAGCGAAAAAAAUUCACAGGAUUCAAUUUGUGAUGUUACACCAGAAACAUUGCCUGGACAGUCAUACUGUCAUCUAUCAGAUACUCCUGAAGCAGCUGUCCCACUUUGCACAGAGGAUCUGAGGAAGGAAAAACAAUUCAGGAACAGUUGGUCACCAGAGAUUAUCACAUGUCAUAGCUAUGUUCCUGAUGGUAAUCAUGCUGACAAUGAAACAGAUGGCUCCGAUACUGAAAUAAGGACUCCUGUUCAGAGAGUUGCAAAAGUACGUUCUGGAGCAGAGAGCAGCUACAACAGCAGUUGUGAUAGUGAAGGUCAAGCCACUGAAGGUGGAAGCUGUUGUCCAUUGUUGACUGAGAUUACUACUUCGGCGGGGGAAUGGAUGGGUGUAACGACAAAUAGUGAGGAGUGUAGUUACAGCUCAGAGCUGGAUGAGACGGACAGCCAGCAUGGCAGCACAGAGCUGAAUGAUCACCCUUUUGCUUGGGAGAUAGGUUUGUCCCCAAAUGUUAUUCUUAGCCCAAGUUGCGCUACAUCUGAUAAAGUCAGCUGUACAAUAUGGGAAAAUCAUGAUGUGAAGAAGGCUGAUCUUUCUGUGCUAGAUAUCAGUUCCGCUAUUAUAGCCAGAGUGGAAACUAUGCCUGAAAAUAUGGACUAUUUUUAUGCAGGUGUAGUAGUUUCCGUGGUGAUUUCCCUGCUGCCUUCAAUAUGCCGUUUUGUUGAUGUUUUAUCAGAGACGCAACCAACAACUCCUGUCAACACAGUUAUGCUUGCCAAUGUGUCAUCAUCCAGCACCCUGAAUAUUGGAGGACUACUGUCGCAUUUUUCAGACUCUCUUAUUUAUAUUUCUGAGGCUGCUGUUGGGGGAACAUUAUGUGAGAGGAUACUUAUAUGGAUAGCAGUUUUCGAACGAUUUGUGCUCUCUGUCUUGUUUUUCUUUUUAUUGGCUGUGGCAGAACGUACAUUUAAGCAACGUUUUUUGUACGCUAAAUUGUUCUCACACCUGACGUCAUUCCGAAGAGCAAAGAAAUCAGAGUUGCCACAUUUUCGUCUCAACAAAGUGCGCAAUAUUAAGACAUGGUUAUCUGUGCGUUCAUACCUCAAGAAACGAGGGCCACAGAGAUCAGUUGAUAUGAUUGUAUCAGCUGCUUUUCUCAUAACACUGCUACUGCUGUCCUUCCUGAGUGUUGAGUUUCUUAAGGUCAGUGUGGAUGAAAACACCUGUGACUCAGAGGAUUCAUCAAAGCUCCAUUCACAGUACAACCUUGAAGCUCUAAUCUGGUGCCUGGUUUUGGGUGUUUUUCUUCUACGAUUUAUGACUUUGGGGACAAAGACAAACAGGAAAUAUCGGAAUCUUUCUGUUCUACUUACAGAGCAGAUAAAUCUGUAUCUUCAGAUAGAGCAAAAACCGCACAAAAAAGAAGAACUGAUGGUGGCAAACAGUGUUCUCAAGUUAGCAGCUGAUCUUCUCAAGGAGUUGGAGAGUCCUUUCAAGAUAUCAGGACUAUCAGCUAAUCCAUAUCUCUAUACCAUUACAAAGGUAGUAAUACUUUCGGCCCUCUCAGGAGUUCUUUCUGAGAUGCUUGGAUUCAAACUUAAGUUGCACAAGAUCAAAAUCAAGUAAAAAUGUUGGAAAUGAUGGGACUCAACUUCUUUAAACAUCCAGGACGAGGAUACAGGAAGAGUGCAGUUGCAAUGUUUCUUAAAAUAUUGGAGACUGCUCUGACUUAGCAGAAUGCUUAAAGUUUCAGAGUAUGACAUGAACUAGGUUUGUUUUACACUUCAUUUCUUUGUUCGAGAACAAAUGAAAUCAAAAGAAAAGGAAACAAACUUUUAGUUGGUGCUGGAAUAGAAAUGUAGUGAAAGUCCUUUACAUCAGAACUGUCAUUUGCUGGAUUUAUUGUUACGUAAAAUACAGCAGAUAGAAAUCAGUACACUGUAAUGUGUAGGGUUGUGACUACCAAUUAUGAUAGCAUAGCUGCAUAAAUGAAUUAGUAAGGCAGUUGAUUGUGAUUGACAAUUAUGAUAGCAUGUCUGCAUAAAUAAAUUGGUAAGGCAGUACUACUCUGCACAGACAUUAUUAUAUUUGAUCAACUUCAAUGCUUUCUGUACAUAGGAAUAGUGGAACUUGGGCAUGUUGGCACAAUAUAAAUGAAUUAUCUCUGAUAGACCACAGAUUUUUAUAGGUUUUGUUUGAACAGUGAUUGACAAAUGUGUACUUCCUUGGUACUGUGUUAACUGGUAACCUUGACUUGUAGAGUUUCAUUUUAUGUUUUAGGGACUAUAGAAUAAGAUCUGCAAUGAUGAGAUACUAUGUGUACAUAUUUUAUUGCAAUAGGGUACUGUAAGUGGCAGCUAAGAGGCAUAUAAUGCCAAGAGAUCUCAAUGUGAUAAUUAAUACAUUUUAAAUAGUGUAUCGCAGCUUUAAAUAGGCUCAAAAACACCAGCCAGGAUUUGUGUAUGCUAUUUUGUUGUUUGUGGAAUGCAUGAAGCUGAAAUCCUAAUUGGUUGGGAGUUUUUCCUUGUGUACAACUAUUGUCAUGUUCGUUAAGAUUAUGAAAUUGUGUGUUCCAAAAGUGAACAUCUUAAGUAUUUAGUGAAAUAUCUGUGUGAUGUUCAGUUGCUUAAAAGUGUUUGUAUCAAACAUUCAGCUAAAUAAAGACAAAUUUAUGAA